AUGAUGGUUUUUGUCUGGAAUACUCAUCUCAUUGAAUGCUAGAUCAAUCCGUGUGGCGAAUUCAGAUUUCUGUCAUCUUAACUUGCUGUUAUAUUCCCUUUCAACAGCAACCUGACGAAAGACUGUGUGAACAACUGGUGCUCCAAUGAAAGAGCCUUGAAUUUUUGUGCGGUGCAUGCAGUUUUAAACCGGCUAUAAUUACAGUGUGACGGUGCGGACUGCACCGCGGCACUUUAUGUAAAUUCCUUCUAGCGCCCAUUCCAACCGGAAAUGCCAAAAAUAUUAUUGUUCCUCUUUUUCUGUUCCGCGUGUGCGCUCGCAUCCGGCGAACAGAAAAAUAUGGUGAAAAGACCCAUCAAGCAGGCACUUUCCACCCCUCGCCUGGUUCCAUCCAUUCCUUUGAAUGCAAAACAAACAUCAAAUCAAAACCAACUUCCACUUCAACAACAAAUGCAAGACGAUCAACGCCAAGCUGACCAAGUGUCCGGUGGCUUCCAGAUGCCCUUUAGUCUGCGCCCACCCAGUGACCUUAACAAUCUGGUGCCCAUAGCCGGUCCUUUCGCACCAAAUACCAACAUGAACAACAUGAACAAUAUGAAUACUUUUCCGUCGGCGCAGUCCUUCAUGCCGGCGAACUCACUGAAUAACUUCAAUCCCGUGCAGCUGGGGCAACUAAAUCAACUUCCGCUGCAACAGCAACUGCUACAGCAAGUCCAAGCUGCACAGUCCCAACAGGCCGCUCGGCAGUUCGGCCCCAACUUCAACGGAAACAUGAUGGAUGCCGGAAACAUGCAACCUAAUGAGAAUUUUGGCAGCCUGGGACCGAUGGCCGGUGUGUAUGGUGGCCAACUGGGAACGGGUGGACUGAGCUCCAUUGGGCUUGGCGGAUUAUACAACGGAAUGUACGGGGCUCGCGAUGGAAAUUUCAACUCCGGUGGAGCCGGUGAAAUGGUCUGUACAUGCACGCUGCAGUACGCUCCCUCUGUGGAAGCGAUGGGAGAACAUAUCCGAAUAAGUGUUAUUUUGAUUGUGCACAGCGCCAAAAUCCUAGUUUGCAAAUAACGAUGGAGUCGGAAUGCAGCGGCUCAUCCACCAGCAACAGAGAAUCGGAUAAUAAUGUCAGCAUUCAAGUUUACGAGUCGCCCAAUUAUAUCCCGUCGGAUCCUUGCUCAUGGAAAUGUUACGGAGGUAGUAAACCGACUUGUGGAUCAAAUGGCAUGACUUACGGGAAUGAAUGCAAGUUCUGGAGAGCGGUUUGUCGAAGCAACCGGCAGGGAAUAUCCAUUACGGCGGUGGACUGUGGUGUAACCAGUGCAAUUAGUGGUUCAGGGGGCACGAUAGUUAAAGCUCCAAUAGUAAACUUAUUCAGGGAUAUUCCUUCGGCAUCCCAUACUAGCACAAUACCAACCACUCUUCCCACGACCACGGCAUCACCCGUUGGUGUAUUUUCGGCCAGCAACGAAAUCAGCCUUAGAAAGCUUGACCAACCAAUCGAUCCGUUUUUCAACAAAGAAAUAAACCUCAAACUUUGAGAACAACAUGUUAGUAAUGGCAAUAAACUGACAGGUUACGGUAAACUUCGACUACCAUGCAAAAGAACGAAAUUUGCAAACACUGACCUUUGCAUUUUGUUUCUGCAUCUUUGUGUUUUCUGUUAUAAUAUAUCUAUGAACUAUCGUUGAUCAGUCAGAAUAUCGAAUGUUCCAAAACCACUUUAGUACGCGAAGCAUAUUAUUGCUAACAUAGGUGCUGUUGCUGAAUUUGGUUUCUUAU